ACUCAGAAAAGACGAUUGCAAUCGCUGAUUGCUAGCAUCAUUCACUAUUCGCAUACCAAUUGAAGAAUACAAUCCAUCCUCGUUCCUAAGUUGCUUUCCAUGAAUUCACAUCAUGGCACCUCAACACAAUCCAGUCCCAGCAUCGACUGCUGCGCCUCAGAUCAAUGAAGAACCCGAGAAGCAGACGCAGUACGCCUCAAUCGUACUUGAGGCAGAUCGUCGUCUACAACUCCAGCUUACCAUAUCCUCCAUCAGUCACGACGACAUGGCCCAUGCCACUCAUGUUGUGACAGGAGACAUGGACGAGGUCUACAACAAGUUCUCUGAACGACGGAAGAUGAUCAUAGUGGCUGCUAUGUCGUUCUGUAGCUUUCUCGCCCCGGUAUCCUCUACUACUGUGCUGUCCGCCGUACCAGAAGUGGCAGCGACAUACAACACGGAUGGUUCCAUCAUCAACAUAUCUAACGCGCUAUAUAUGCUCUUCAUGGGUAUCAGUCCGUGCUUCUACGGGCCGUAUGGUAACAUCUAUGGUAGAAAAUGGGUAUCAGUAGCAAGUGCGGCACUCUUCACUGCAUUCUCGAUUGGCACAGCCCUCGCCCCUAACCUAGCGUCCUUCUUCGUCUUCAGAAUCUUGACUGCCUUCCAAGGCACUGCCUUCCUAGUCAUUGGAAGUGCAGUCAUUGGUGACAUCUACAAGCCGACUGAACGUGGAACCGCACUGGGCUGGUUCAUGUCCGGCACACUGAUCGGUCCUGCACUUGGCCCGUUCAUCGGCGGUAUCAUCGUCACCUUCCACAGCUGGCGUGAUAUCUUCUGGCUACAGACCGCUCUAGCCGGCACCGCAGUAGUUCUCUGCUUCUUCGUCCAGCCUGAAACUAUCCAUGUCAAGCGGUCCACCGAGCUUGAGGGCCUCAAACCCUCAGAGAAAGCGCACAAGAUGUGGCAAUGGCUAAAUCCAUUCCGGGUCAUCCGUCUAUACUGCUAUCCAAACCUCUUUCUGGUUGCACUGUCGUCUUCCUCACUAGUCUGGAACAUGUACUCCCUCCUCACGCCCAUCCGCUACGUCCUAAACCCGCGCCUCAACCUCUCCACUCCGCUCCAGGGCUCGCUCUUCUACAUCGCUCCGGGCUGUGGGUACCUCUUCGGCACUUUCUUUGGGGGGCGAUACGCAGACCACACUGUCAAGAAGUACAUCCGCAUCCGAGGCCACCGUGAAGCUGAAGACCGCCUCCGCAGCUGCCUGUGGUUUCUGGGCGGUGUCAUCCCAGCGUGCAUGCUCAUCUAUGGGUGGAGUGUAGAGAAGAGGGUCGGUGGUAUUGCGCUGCCUGUCAUUAUGAUGUUCCUACAGGGUGUGGCGCAAUUGUUCUGCUUCCCAAGCUUGAACACCUACUGUUUGGAUGUUAUGCAGGGUCGAUCUGCUGAGGUUGUUGCUGGCAACUACUUCAUGCGUUACAUGUUCGCAGCAGGAGGUUCGGCCGUCGUUCUUCCCGCUGUCAGAGCUAUCGGCGUGGGAUGGUUCUCAACCAUCAGUGCGCUGUUUCUCGUUUUUGGUGCGAGUGCUACGUAUGGCACUGCGUUGUACGGAAAGGGUUGGCGAGAAGCUAUUGACGCAAAGAAGGCGGCGAAGAAGGAGGGAGAAAAUCAGGCAUAGCCUUUGAUGUUUCGGGCUGGUGCACAUGCUUGAAGUAUCAACGCUUGUUAUGUUUGCUGCUUCACCGUUCCAUUAGUGCUCAAUUGCUGUUAUAGUUAAGAGGUAAUGAUGGAGCCUGGAGGGAUUCGAAGAUAGAACGGAAGACGCGAAAGGUAAGUUCACAAUUGCGAGAGAACAUGAUUAGCAUUAGAUACCCAAAUCAAAUAGAACAAAAAGAAC